CGUGUUUUCUGCUCAUCCACUGAACCCUAACCCUCUCUCUCUCUGUCAGCUUCUCAUUCCGUCUCAAUAUGCCUCAAGAUGGCGGCCAAUGCGGGAUCAAUGUUUCAAUAUUGGAAACGCUUUGAUUUACAACUACUGCAGAGAGAAUUAGACACCACCGCCACACAGCUAGCCAACAGACAGGAUGAGAGCGAACAGUCCAGGAAGAAACUAAUCGACCAGAGCCGCGACUUCAAGAAGAACACACCAGAGGAUGUAAGAAAACAGGUGGCUCCCCUGCUCAAGAGUUUCCAGGGAGAGAUCGAUGCCUUGAGCAAAAGAAGUAAAGAAGCGGAAGGUUCCUUCUUGAACGUCUACAAGAGAUUAAUAGAUGUCCCAGACCCUGCCCCUGUGCUGGAGUUGGUCCAACAGUUGCAGCUGAAGCUCCAGCGGAUGCACGACAUCGAGACAGAGAACCUCAAACUCAGAGAGACUCUAGAGGACUACAACAAAGAGUUCGCCGAGGUCAAGAACCAGGAGGUGACUAUUAAAGCGCUGAAGGAGAAGAUCCGGGACUAUGAGCAGUCCCUGAAGAACCAGGCUGAGAACCUGGCCCAGGAGAAACAAGUCCAGCUCCACAAUGACUAUGCAGAGAAGGAGAGAAAGCUCCAGGAGAGCCAGGACUCCAUGUCCUCUAAGCUGGUUGAGGCUGACCACAAGACCCAGGCCCUACAGACAGCUCUUGAAACAACUCAGACAGAGCUGUUCGAUCUGAAGACCAAGUAUGACGAGGACUGCACAGCCAAGGCCGAUGAGAUUGAAAUGGUGAUGACAGAUCUGGAGAGAGCCAAUCAGAGGGCGGAGGCAGCACAGAGGGAGGCGGACACUCUGAGGGAGCAGCUGACCUCUUCUAACCAAUCCCUGCAGCUGACUACCCAGAUCCAGACCACCCCAGACACGGACCAGGCAGUGGAGGUGGUGUCCCGCUCCAGUCUGGAGGCAGAGCUGGGGGCCAAGGACAGAGACAUGGUUCAGCUGGUGGAAGACGUCCAGAGACUGCAGGCCAGCCUUUCUAAACUCAGAGAGAGCUCCACCACACAGAUCACACAGCUUCAACUACAGCUGAGCACCAAGACUGCCACCUUCAAGCAACUGGAGCAAAAGCUUCAGGAACAGGCUGACUAUGAGGAGGUGAAGAAAGAGCUCAGCAUCCUCAAGUCUAUGGAGUUUGGCCCAUCGGACAGCUCAGUGCAGGAGAUGUCUAAACCCCUGGAAGUGUUGUUGUUGGAGAAGAAUCGUAGUCUGCAGUCUGAGAGUUCCUCUCUGCGAAUCGCAAACACUGAGCUGAGCGGGUCAGCCGGGCGGAAAGGGAAAGAGGUGUCCGUGGAGGAGACCACCACACCCAGUACCCCCUCCCUGCCUCCUCCUCUUCUCCCCCACUCCCCCCAGCUCCUCCUGCCCCGGAUCCUCUCCGACCCCCCUAACACCUCCACCACCAACGGGACACACCCCUUCACCCCCACGGGUAUCGGCCAGGACUUCUACAGCCCCCCCUUCCCUCUGGUGGGGGGCAAGAUGUCCCUCAACUCCCUCCUGCAGCGCCAGCUCAUGCAGACGUUCUACUCCAAAGCCCUGCAGGAGUCCACUCAGGGAGCAGCUCUGCUGUUCGCCCCUGUCCACUACACCCCUACCUCCACCCCUGGCCCAGGGUCUAGCCCUGUCCCCCUCUCGGCCAGUCCCCUGCCCCCCCAGCAGUCUCCUGCAGGCCCAGAUGUGAGCGGUAGUGGCAGUGCCCCGUCCCCCUCUCCCAGCCAGUGUGAGGGGACCGGGGGCAGUGUGUCUGAUGGGGAGGACAUGGACACCUCAGAGAUCGCCCGGCAGAUCAAGGAGCAGCUGAUUAAACACAACAUUGGCCAGCGGGUGUUUGGCCACUAUGUACUGGGCCUGUCCCAGGGCUCGGUCAGUGAGAUCCUGGCUCGGCCCAAACCCUGGAGCAAGCUGACCAUCCGGGGGAAAGAGCCCUUCCACAAGAUGAGGCAGUUCCUGUCUGAUGAGCAGAACAUCCUGGCAUUACGCAGCAUACAGGGACGGCAGAGAGAGGGCCCAGGCCAACCCCUUAGCCGUGCACAGGACGCACCGAAGCGGAGAGCCAGCUCUGACCAAGCCUCGCGGACAGGUAACAUCACCAUAUGUAUCCGUACUCCGGAGUGUGGUUCAGACGAGGCCAUCAAGUCUAUCCUGGAGCAGGCCAAAAGAGAGCUGCAGGUGCAGAAAUCUGCAGACUUCUCCCAUGGUACUUCCCCUGGUGGGGGGCUGAGAGGAGCAGGAGGAGGUGGUGGUUCGGACGAGGCCAUCCGAUCCAUCCUAAAGCAAGCUCGAAGAGAGAUGGAGGCCCAAAAGGCUGCUGUGGAACCCAUCCUCAAAGCCUCCUCUUCCUCCUCUUCCUCCCAGAGGGACGUACUGGUCUCCCAUCUGGCUGCCUCCUUCCCUGCCUCCACCCCCCUGGCUCUCUCCCUGAAGAAACCCCCCACCGCCCUCCCAGUCUCCCCCUCCUCGCCCUCUACAGUCAUGGACUUCAGCUCUAGUGUGAAGAGGGAGGACAGGGGAGUGUCGAUGCCAGACGGCCUGGCUGACGGGGUGCCCAGGCUGGGUCGGAGCUCCGAGGGGUCUGCCCGGGCUGGAGGGGUGCACUGGAGGGAGCAGUGGUGGAGCAACAUGAACCCAGACCCCCGCAGAGAUAAACCCACACUGGGGGGAGAGGAGAACCACACCCAGGCCUGCAGUGCUACACCUGCACCGGGGGGAGAGGAGAACCACACCCAGGCCUGCAGUGCUACACCUGCACCGGGGGGAGAGGAGAACCACACCCAGGAGGACUCUAAAGAGGCACUGUCUCUGUCUCUAGGAAGUAUGUGUGACGGCCUGGGGUCUGGUCGUAAACCCUGGAGCAAGAUUACUUCCAGAGGCCUCCGCAUGCAGCUGUGGCUGAACGGUGAUCUGGGCCAGAACACACACAUCGAGCCUGCUCACAACCAAGCAGAGGGCACUCCCAGCCAGACCUCAGCCAGCUGCAGCCCUGCCCCGGAGUCUCCACUGAGCUCUGCUGAGGAGUCACUCAAUGGUUUAGUGGGAGACCGGGACCCUCUGCCCCCCCCGGCCCCGUCUCUGGAGCCCCCAUCUGGUGAGCCCUCAGGGGGGGAGUCCCAGCCUGGCACGCCCCUGCCCCUCCCCGGCCCCAUCACAGGGCUCAGCAUCCAGGAGACGAUAGCCAUGUCCCCAGAACUGGACACCUACGUCCUCACCAAGAAGGUCAAGGAGGUGCUGACCGAUAACAACCUUGGGCAGCGUCUGUUUGGGGAGAGUAUCCUGGGUCUGACCCAGGGCUCGGUGUCUGAUCUGCUGGCUCGGCCCAAGCCCUGGCACAAGCUCAGUCUAAAGGGACGUGAGCCCUUCGUCCGCAUGCAGCUCUGGCUGCAGGACCCACACAAAGUGGAGAAGCUGAUGGACAUGAAACGACUGGAGAAAAAAGCCUACCUGAAGAGGCGCCACAGCUCGCUGAGUGACGGCCAUUCUGUGGACGGUGGCCUGGCAGGGCCGGACUUCCUCCAGAGCUCCAGCCCCCAGCACCAGCGGCCUCCUCAGCAGUACCAGAAGAAAGUCCGGGUGGUCCUGGGUCCCGAGGAGAAGGAGGCUCUGAAGAGUGCUUACCAGGAGAAGCCCUACCCGUCCCCCAAAACCAUUGAGGAGCUGGCCUCCCAGCUCAACCUCAAGACCAGCACCGUCAUCAACUGGUUCCACAACUACAGGUCUCGUAUCCGCAGGGAGCUCUUCAUAGAGGAGAUUCAGGCUGCAGGGUCAGCGGCAGCAGCUAAAGCCGGGGAGGGGGACAGCUGUGACGGGACAGAGUCAGACGGCACGGUGGAGGGCCGCCACGGGGGGCACAGAGGAGCCUCUGAGGACCGGGACAUGGAGGCCGGGGUUGAAGCCAGGCUGUCAGGUGGAUCCCCUGCCCAGAGAAACUGCACUACCUCAGGCUCGGCCGGGCCGGGCUCCAGCAGCAGCAGCCUCUUCAGUCUCCCUGAGGCAUGUCUCUGUCUCUCAGCCCCCUCCAGUCACACCUCAACCCCGGCUAAGAACCCCAGGGACAAUACCCUGCGCAAGAAGAAAGCUGCCAACCUCAACAAUAUAAUCCACAGACUGGAGAAGGCUGCUGGCAAGGAAGACCCCUCUGAGUGGGAGUUCUGAACCUCCCCCCACGCCCCUUCUCAUGACCUCACAACCUCUGCCCUUUGACUGUCCCCCUGGUCUUCUCCUAUUGGACAGAAGAGGGCACAGCCAAAGCCAAGCUCAAUGGCCAUUUUUAUACCCAGUCUCUUUCCUGAGAGAAAGGAGAGAAGAAGAAGUGGUUGCCAAACCAAGAUGGAGAAGAAGAUAUAAUGAACUCUGAGAAGACAAAAAGGAGGGAAUCUUAGGCUCUGAAUACUGAGUUUAGUUUUGUUACUGAGAAUCACUUAGUCGUCCUGCUGGCCACAGGUCCUACUGUACCCCCAAACACCACCAGUUACUGGCAGGUACCCCCAAACACCACCAGUUACUGGCAGGUACCCCCAAACACCACCAGUUACUGGCAGGUACCCCCAAACACCCCAGUUACUGGCAGGUACCCCCAAACACCACCAGUUACUGACAGGUACCCCCAAACACCACCAGUUACUAGCAGGUACCCCCAAACACCCCAGUUACUGGCAGGUACCCCCAAACACCCCAGUUACUGGCAGGUACCGCCAAACACCACCAGUUACUGACAGGUACCCCCAAACACCACCAGUUACUGACAGGUACCCCCAAACACCACCAGUUACUGACAGGUACCCCCAAACACCACCAGUUACUGGCAGGUAUCCCCAAACACCACCAGUUACUGGCAGGUACCCCCAAACACCACCAGUUACUGACAGGUACCCCCAAACACCACCAGUUACUGUCAGGUACCCCCAAACACCACCAGUUACUGGCAGGUACCCCCAAACACCACCAGUUACUGGCAGGUACCCCCAAACACCACCAGUUACUGACAGGUACCCCCAAACACCCCCAGUUACUGGCAGGUACCCCCAAACACCACCAGUUACUGACAGGUACACCCAAACACCACCAGUUACUGGCAGGUACCCCCAAACACCACCAGUUACUGACAGGUACCCCCAAACACCACCAGUUACUGGCAGGUACCCCCAAACACCACCAGUUACUGGCAGGUACCCCAAACACCACCAGUUACUGACAGGUACCCCCAAACACCACCAGUUACUGGCAGGUACCCCCAAACACCACCAGUUACUGGCAGGUACCCCCAAACACCCCAGUUACUGGCAGGUACCCCCAAACACCACCAGUUACUGGCAGGUACCCCCAAACACCCCAGUUACUGG